CUGGAAUAGCGGGUCACCCUCAGUUGAAGGAUGGAGUGAGAGCGGGUGUGUUCUUCCGUUCGCUUGGACUGUGAGGGUGUGUGAGUCUCUGGACACCUAUAACGCGCAUUUCACGCAGCAUUUCUGUCUCCGCGCAGGAACACGACAGGCUGACGCUGAUGGGGUUCUUGGGAGCUUGGGCUCUGUCCGUCCUGCUCGGAUCUUCACUAUGGCUGGCUUAUGGAGUCCGAGCCAGUGCUGGAUCUGGAGCUACAGGAAAGGAGCUUCAGAAGGGAUUUCAGCAAUAUGGAGGAGCUGAAAAUAAAGUCAAGCAAAACGGGGGUGCGUGCAGGAGGACAUACUGUGGCCGGGGACGGGAGUGUAUGGUCAGGGAAGUGACAGGCCGUGCCGAGUGUGUGUGCCAGGAAAGCUGCCACACUUCGUUUGUGCCUGUGUGUGGCUCUGACGGACGUUUUUAUGAGAACCACUGUGAGCUGUACCGCAGCGCUUGCCUGCAGCGGAGGAGAAUCUAUGUGGUCCACAGCAAAGACUGCUUUUUCAAAGGAGACACGUGCACCAUGGCGGAGUACAACAAGCUGAAGAGCAUGCUGCUGGACAUGCAGCCCAGGGCCUCCAUCGACGGGCAAGCAAACGCCAUGGAGCAGAGGAGGAUCCUAGUGCACACGAUGUUCAAGUAUAUAGACAGAAACCAGGACGGCCGUCUGAGCAGUGAGGAGCUGGCAGAGAUCUCCGUAAAGGAGCAUUUAGAAAAUAUCUUACUGGAGUGCACCAUGCAAGACCUCCUGCGUUACGACGAUUACAACAACGAUGGUCACCUGACCCUUCAGGAGCUCUACACGGCCUUCCAGGUCGUUCAGCUCAGUCUAGCCGAUGACAAGCAUCUGACUAUCACAACAGUGACCGUCGGCCUGAGUGCUGUUCUGUCCUGCGCCAUUCAGGGCACCCUGAGACCACCCAUUAUCUGGAAGAGGAACGGCAUCAUCCUCAACUUCCUGGAUCUGGAGGAUAUAAAUGACUUUGGCGACGACGGCUCACUCUACAUUACUAAGGUGACUACGAUUCACAUGGGGAACUACAGCUGUCACGCGUACGGCUAUGAGGAGCUGUCCCAGACACACGUGCUCCAGGUGAAUGUGCCUCCAGUAAUCCUGGUGUAUCCGGAGACUCAGGCCCAGGAACCCGGCGUCGCUGCCAGCCUGCGCUGUCAUGCAGAUGGUAUCCCAAACCCCAAACUCACCUGGCUAAAGAACGGCCUGGACCUGCAGCCGCACGGAUCCAAGCAGAUUUCACUUCUCGCGAAUGGCAGUGAGCUUCACAUCGGUAGUGUGCGUUAUGAAGACACCGGUGCUUAUACCUGCAUAGCUAGAAACGAGGUUGGCGUGGAUGAAGACAUCUCAUCUCUGUUUGUGGAAGACUCGGCACGAAAGACACUGGCCAACAUUCUCUGGAGAGAAGAAGGGCUCAGUGUAGGGAACAUGUUCUACGUGUUCUCCAGCGAGGGGAUCACCAUACUGCAGCCCGGCAACUGUGAGAUUCGCAGACGCAUCCCGCGGACAGAGAGGAUUCUGGGUAGUUAUGAAGAACUGUGUCCCAGCAGCACCGGCGUCUCUUCACAGGAGUGUGUAUGGGCAUCAGCGGUCAGCGUGAGGGACAAGUACGUGUACGUGUCUCAGCCGCUUCAGAACAGACUGCUGCUGAUCGACACACAGGCGCAGAGAGUCAUGCAGGCUAUGGAAACAGACGCCAUGCCCGUCAAACUCUUCUACGACAAAUCUCAUGAUCAGCUGUGGCUGUUGAGCUGGAGAGACCUGCAGAAGUCCCGCUCUACACUGCAGGUGAUCACUUCUGCCAGCGCGGUGGAGCAGCGUCAGAUCAUCCAUACUCCAUUUGAAGGAGUGGAGGACUUCUACUUCCCUCCCACCAACCUCGUUAUCACCCACGUAAGGUUUGGCUUUGUCUACUUAAAAUCGGAGCCCGCGGUGCAUAAAAUUGACCUUGAGACCCUCCAUCUCGUCAAGACCAUCAGUCUGAAGAACUACAGCUGUAUUCCAGCCAGCAUGGCCUACACUCAUUUAAGCGGCUACUAUUUUAUCGAGUGCCAAGUCGAGGACCGUUCGGGUCCGAGCUCACAGCUUCUCAUCGACAGUGUAAGCGACGAGGUCAUUGGCCCCAAUCCCAACAUCAACGGCCAGCCGUUCGUCUCUCCUGAUGGCCGCUUUGUGGUCUCUGUGGACAAGCAACACGGAAAGCUACAAGUCCAGACCAUCUCCUUCAGCGGCGAGCUGCGGACCAGCCAUGAAGUGGACGGCUCGAUUCCCCUCGCAGACUUGGUGUUUCAGCCGUCCUUCACCGAGGCCAACAAGUACAUGAUCGUGGCCUCUUCGGCGCAGGGCUCCAAGCUGGUUUUCUCGGACCUGGCUUCAGGAAGAACGAAAGCCCUCGAGGAUGUCAAGGAUCCUAUUCCAGCCAGCAGCUGGCCUUGGGGAGACUCCAACAGGGUGGUGGUUUCCAGCGGGGUGUUUGGACGCUACUUGGUCACGUCGUCGGCCGAGUCCCUGUUCGUUCUGGACGGCAAACAGAGCAGCCCUCACUGUGAGGUGUCAGACGUCAAGAGAGGGAACACAGUGGUCUGGGUGGGCGAGGUAUGAGCGGCGUACCGCGGGCCGGUUCUGCAGAGGAUUGCGUCGGCCCACUCGGCCAAAGCUUGGGAAAACCUUUAAGGGAUGCGAAUGGACUCGAUCCUAGUAGUGAGUUAAACAAACACACAUGCGGGUUUCUGUAUAGGUACACACACAUACACACACAUUCAAUGACAAGAAACCUUAAACAACAAGGGAACGAAUGAAGACACCCUUCAGUGCAACAGUGAACUAAUUUGAUGAUUUUUUGCACUUCCUUCUUAGCAGAAAUAGCAUUAAGCAGCAGACAGGUUAGGUAAUGACUGAACUAUGCACAAUGCUUUUUAAAGUUUGAGUGUUUUUCCUUUUUUUUCUCAGUGUGUUCACUUGUUAUAUAUACAGUAGUCACAGCAGCAAAUGUGUCCAUCAGUGUCAUGUCUCGUUUUUGUCAAUGUAGAAAACUUGUUUGCCUUAUCCCAGUGUUUCUAAUCACAUAAUUCUACAAGUUUUGUUUUAUAGUCUUUAGUACACUUCAUUAUAAUGAACAUGUGUUACAGUAACAUUUUGCAUUUUCCUUUUUGUAAUGAGGUGAGUACUUUCUGUCAUCCUCAGAGCUCUGUGUGUGUGUGUUUUAUUUUUGUGAAGCUACACUUUGGGGACACCGUCACCUCCAAACAUUUGCUAAAGCUGACCUCCAUUUGGGGACAACAUAUAAGACAAAUCCUAUAUUAUAUAUUUGUUUUUUAAUUAAAUAAUUUGUUUUAGAAGCACGGUGUGCGGGUUGGUCAAGUUGAUCAAAUGUCCCUACUACAAGGAUAGUACACCAUUGUGUGACGCAGGAAAACUGUUUAAUAAACAUACUACAAAAUGUCCAAAUGCAGAGGUUUGUGUAAUGGCAUAGAAAAUAUCUUUAGUUCACAACAAGAAAAGUCCAUGCAAACAACUACCAUUAAAGAAAAAAAGUUUUUUUUUUUGCUUCAAUUCUGGUUUAAACACAAACUUUUGUUUCAUUAAACUAGUUCUGCGUUCAUAUAUUCAAUGUUGUUUUCAUAAACGAUGACGAUAACGAUAACAAAAUGAUUUCAUUGACGCACCUUUUUUUAUGACGAUAACGCGAUGACUAGCUAAAAAUGGCCAUAUAUGAUAUAUUACACCAAACUAAAGAAUAGAAUGGCAAAUUACAUUGCAAGAAAAGUAUAUUCUUGCUAAAUAGAAUUAGAUGGCCAAUGAGGUCCACUGUGCUAGAUAAAAACUCAUCUGGUGCAUCAGAUGUUUUAAAGGCAACAGAAAACACACGUGAACCAAAUUAGAGCACUGUUGCACUGAACACACUAUCAUCUCUACUGAGAAGAUCGCAAGCACAGCUUCAAAUCACCCUAUUUGACACAAAAUAGCUAAACUGGCAUUUCGAUGUGCUUUCAGGCUCAGUAAGAAAUGCAUGACUACAAUAUUACUUCAGAAAGCCAGAUAGUUAGACCUCAAUGAACAUUAAACUGGACACAAAUAUGAUCCAUUUAAGUCCCAUACAAAUCUAAUUAAACUCAGUGGGCUAGCAUUCGCUGAAUAAAUGUGCUCUGAUUACAGUAUAUUAACUUAUAGAGUGAUUUGAGUGUGUCUUUUAUGUCUGGCUUUUUAAGGGAUAGUUCACCAAGAAAUCAAACGUUGCUGUUAAUGUACUCACCCACAGGCCAUCCAAACCGUUUUUCUUCAAUAGAACAGUUAAGAAGGUUUUUAGUUAAAACUGUGGUCCUUGGCGAUUCAUGAAAUCCAAUUCAGUGGCUGCCGUGACUUUGGGAGUCAAUAAAAAAAAAAAAUAGUCACAAAAUAAAUCCCUGUGGCUCCUGAUGUUAUAUUGAUGUUACAAAAUGAUCACUCUGUGCAAGAAACUGUACAUGAUAUACAACAUUACCUGUAAUCUAGAUCCUCAGGCAAAUGGGGAAAUCCGAUUCUUUUCCAAAAACUGUUCCGCUUGGACAGUUUCAAUGAAGCUGUUAAAAAAAAAUCAGAUUUUCCAGUUUGUUUAUGUAAACAUGCAAUGACGUCACAUAUACACGAGCAAUAUCACACAAGUAGCAGUGCGAUAUGGCUGUGUAUUGGCACAAGUCUGCAAAUACAUAGUAAACAACAACAGAACAGAACAGAACUUUUUUGCAAACUUUUCUUUCCAUCAUGGACUCAUGGCUCUCUAGUUGACAGUUUAACAGCUGAGCCAAACACUUUGUUACUAAUUUGAAAACUUCACUUUAGAACUGGUAACAAAGGAACGUUGCAUUGCUUAAUUGAAAGCUUAUUGUAUUACUGUACUUAAAGCUAAUUGUUUUAUUUAGAAUAUGAAUGUCCACUGAGGAAAGCAAUAUCUUUGUCGUACUAUCCUUUCAUCUGUUAAGUGUAACUUCCAGUGCUUCAUCUUACAAGGUGUUGUUAAAAGUAAAAAAAAAAAAAAAUGUCCUUGUUUACAACACUCCUUCAAUAUAAAAGUCUAUCCUGAUGACUCUUUCUAAUGGCAGAAUAAUGUUACUAAAAUUACUAUCAUGAACACACACAUUGUUUCCAAAUAUUAAAUGCUAUAAUUAAAUACUACUGCUAUUUAUGCACAAUAUUGUUUAUUUAAUAAACAACAACAACCAUCAUACAAGUUAAACAAGUACAUUCUCACCUAAAACAAUGAUUGUGGAUUUGGUGGACUGCAAGCGUAGUGAUACAUACAGUGAAAGGUUGGAGUUCUGUUCACUAUAAUGUCACACUCCUCUCAGCCAAUCAGAUUCAAGGACCAGAAAGAAUUGUUGUUUAAACAAUUAUGAUGUGAAAUGUGGAGGUUUUAUAUGUUUAAAGCACAUAAAGUGAAUAAACAUAAAUGUUGCCCCUUUAUUCAAGUGCUAGGUUCACGCAUUCUAUUUUCAGUGGCUCAUCUGUCUUCGGUCCGAAUCAAUCCUCAGUUGGAGGAACUGGAGCCAUUCUGGCUCAUUUCAGUUUUGAUUGAGUAACUUGUAGUUUAUUGCAUAGAUGGACUUUUUUUUUGCUUCAUGCCAACUCAAUAUAUCAUCAGGAGCCACAAUAAUUUGUGUUGCCUGAUAUGCUAUUUUUAAUCUCAAAGUGCAGGCAGCUUCUGACUGCAAUUUUAUGAAUCACCAAGGACCAUGGUUUCAGCUUAAAUUCUUCUUUCCUGUUCUACUGAAGAAAGAAAGUCGCCUAAAGUAUAUCUUGGAUGGCCAGAGUGUGAGUAAAUUAACAGCAAAUAUUCAACUUUGAGUGAACUAUCUCUUUAAGAACUGAGCCAGAAAGCUGGAUUUAGUCACAGCCAUUGCAAUGCUCCAGUAACAGUAUACUCAAAACAGUGUGAGCGCUGUAUGUCUGAUUUAUGGAGAAAAAUUUAUUAAACAGAGUAGAAGUUUGUUGCAGGAGAAGUGAUCUAUAUUAAAAGUGGUUUCAAAAUCAUGUUACAUAUACAUAACCAUUGUCUCGGUGACGUAUGAUAACCCAUGUUCCCUGAAGCAGGGAACGGAGACGUCACAUCAUUCACGUUGUUUUUUUUUAAGACUAAACUAGCUGCACACAUUUUGUACAGUCCUGAUUAUAAUAUAGGGUUCUUUUAAAAUGUCUGUAUUAUAUGUGUGUGUGUGCGAGUGUAUUAUGAGUUCACAGUUCUUUUUAGCACUGAAAUGCCAGCCUGACUUUUGCCAAUGAGGCAGAAACAAAGCAUCUUGUGCCUCAUUGAGUCAAAUUUAAGUCCACAUUUAUUGUCUAUUGUCCUCAGACUGUUUCAGCCUGUUCUUGUCCUUGUCAUGUACAUUUGUUAAUUUUAUUAUUGACUUGUUCAGCACCUCAGUCUCUGUUUAUGUGUGUCAUUAAAACGUUUAUUAAGUGUACCAAAACUGCUGGCAGACUUGAGACACAUCAAGUGCUGUAGCCGUUUGCAGUCGCUAAUCAACAGGCCAAGAACCAAAGGCUUUAUUUGUUUCGUUUUUUAACAGCAUUUUUAAAUGAAUAAUAGAACAGCUGUAUGGCUUUUCUUUUUCAGGUUGAGCUGUCAUGAUCUUGGUGCAUUUGUUCUGACACACACGCUCAUGUCGGCUUUUAUUGCCUGUGUAUGUGUAAGAUUUGUAAGAUUUUACAAUUCUGUAUAUGUGUAAGAUUUGUUUCUCCCAUUGUAAAUUGUGUAUGGUGAAUAAAACCUGUUCCUUAAGUUUGUAA